AUGCCAGAUGCAUUGGUAAGUUCAAAGCAACACCACCACCAACACCGCUGCCGCCGAGAUGGCCGAGCAGAAGAAGUAGCCGGACAUGGGGAUGAUAACCACAACGGCCACAAAAACGGUGACCGAAACGGUCAUGGGCCUCCCGAGCCCCAUCAUCAUAGUCCCCUCUCCCUCUCUCUCCCUCCUCCAUCUGGACCCUUCCGGACACCGUCUGGGGUUGGAUCUUGCUGGUUACCGUCACCGUUGUGGGCGCGAUUAAGCUACCACCCUUCUUUACAAGGGGAGAAAGAAGGGGAAGUGCUGGCUCCAACGCAAGGGAUAGUUGAAGGGGAGAGGGGGCACUCCCGCCCUUCGGCCCGCCCUCAGACCGCUCUUUUCCUUUUCGUUAAGAAACCACACUUUGAAAGGAACCACUGCAGUAGCACGAACACCGCUACCAUCACUAUGCCCGCGCUGUCAACUACGGCCUCCGCUACAGCCACGGCCUUCUGCCCCGGCCCGGGCAAAUGGCAAACAUCAUGGGCAUAA